UUGGCCCUCCAGUCUCCCACGAGGGGUUGCAUGCAAAAGAUUUGCCAAAGGGUUUAUUGUUUCUUUGCUUUCGGGAGCCGAAAUUGUGUGCUAUCUGCUCGGUUCUACAAUCAAAUAACGCGACGGAAAAUGGCUGGUGGCAAAGCAGGAAAAGACAGUGGCAAAGCCAAGGCGAAGGCCGUGUCUCGCUCCCAGAGGGCUGGGCUGCAGUUCCCAGUGGGUCGUAUCCACAGGCACUUGAAGACUCGCACGACCAGCCACGGUCGCGUAGGAGCCACGGCAGCUGUGUACAGCGCAGCCAUCCUUGAAUACCUCACCGCUGAAGUAUUAGAGUUGGCGGGCAAUGCCUCCAAAGACUUGAAGGUGAAGCGUAUCACUCCUCGCCAUUUGCAGCUGGCCAUCCGCGGUGACGAGGAGUUGGACUCCCUUAUCAAGGCGACAAUUGCUGGAGGAGGUGUCAUUCCCCACAUCCACAAAUCCCUCAUUGGAAAGAAGGGCCAGCAGAAGACUGCAUAGAUGCCAUGUUGACCAUACGUUUCAGGGCUUAGGCUUUGAUAGGACCAGGAGUUCACAUGUGUUCUUUUUUAUUAUUAUUAUAGCAAGCAAAGAGUGAUUGUUAGGAUUUGUGUUGUAAUAUUUUCCCAUUACUAGAAAAUAAAGUUAAAAAAAACCCCUUAACGACAAAACCCCCCUUUGUAUGUUAUCGUAGAACGUUUGACUGGGGAUUUAAUGAUUAUUUCAAAUGACUUUGUUCAAGUGAAUUUGUUUGAUUGGCCUGGGACUCUGUAAUGUUUUAUACUGAAAAAAGAAUUGUUAAAACCGUUUUUAUAUAAAAACAAACUUGUAUUGUGGUUAUUUUCUUAAAGUUACAAGUGUUUGGGGGGCUGGCAAAUUGGGAAACAACUGCUAAAGGCGAGAGGGUGCUUCCCCUCCCAUUGACUUACUGUAAUAUUUUGAACUGCACAUGGACAGUGAUGUAUUAACAGUUUUUUGUUUAAACUCAAAAGGAGAAGUUGUUAUAAAGAGAUUCCAACCUCUGGUCCAGUAUUUCCUGUGAUCAAGCGACACUGAUCCUGCGUGGUUGUUUUUUCCUCAGUGUUAUUGUCAUUAUCACAACUAUAUAGUUGGUACGGUAAUAUUUGGAGAUUGGUUGAUCAUACCUGUGCUUAAUAAUGUGUUCAGACCACCUAAAUGUAUGCACCAACUGAAAUGUCCCGACUGAGUCAUUGCCCGUUUCAAGGAAAGAAGUCCAUUGAGCAGAGGAAUUAACUAUUUUAUCUUUGAAUAAAUACCCGUUCUGUCGUCCGUGGCUUUAAACAA